AUGAACUCUGUUCCAACAACGCCAGUUCGCACACCUUCGAGACCUUAUAAGGACACGUCCAAUUUUAUCACAGAAAAUAAUUUAAAUAAUAACAAAAAAAUAACAGGGAUUUCGUUUACAGAAAUUAAUUUUAACUAUGAAGAAUUACAACAAAAACUCAACUUGUUUGAAGAUAUAAAUAGUUAUGCGGAUAAUGUGAAAAAAAGUUUGACACUAAAAAAACAACAAUGGCAAAAUAAUCUUGCAUCAGAAAAAAGUGCCAUAGCGCGUCAUAAUGAAGAAAUCAAAUCGUUUGAGAAAAAGCAAAAGAGUUUGAUUGAAUCCUUGGAUAAAGAAAAAAAAGAAAUUCACAAAUUGCAAGCGGAAGUCUCAAAUCUAAAAAUUGAAGAAGACACGAUAAACGAACGUAAAAAUUUUUUGGUGAUGCAAAUAGAUGCCAUGAAAAAAGAAAUUCAGAAACAACGCGAUGCCAUAGUAGCGAAGCAAUUGUCGCUGGAAGCGCAACUCUCAAAGAAUGAACCGGAAUUAAAGCGGUUUGCAGAUCGACUAGCUUUUACAAUGGAAGGAGCGCGAG